GUUGGGUCGUCAUGCCAGAGUAGGUGGCGGCGGCGUCGAGCUCGGUAGGACGUACCUGACAAUUGAUAGGUUCAGGCAUCAUUUGCGCGUCCACAGCCCCUCGGGCAACCAUGCUGCGGCAACGACGGCGUCGAUGCUGCAAUGCCAGGGCGGGAAUCCCACAUGCGUGCGGUGGCGAGAUGCGUCAGGAAAGACGUCGAGCCCCCUACGGUUCAACUCAAUUGCGUGGUCGUUGGCCGAGUCUCCGCCAUCCUGGUCCACCGAGCUCGCUGGGGUGAUCGGUCGCAACCAACACUCGACAUUUGUCCACCUUGGGGCGUUCAGCGGGGCGUGGCUACAAGAUCAGUUGCCAAAGCUCCUCGACGCAAUCCUUAGCGGGCGUCAUGGGGACGUUACGUUGGCCUACUUCAGCGCUGUGGGGGCCAGCGGCAUCUGCGACCAUUUUGCGUCGCUCGAGGCCAUUUCACUGCACGAGUGCUUCAUGGAACCAAGCACGUCACCCGCCAACAAGCUUCAUGUCCCCCUCCAUGUCAAGCUAAAUUGGACGUCGCUGCUGCAAGUUAUGCAGUCUGUCCGUGUCGAUCCCGAAGACCAUCUCUUCCUCCAAGCCACAUUCGACGGCACGGCCACUGCCACAAUCUGCUCCGUCGCCACGAUGGUGCAUCCAUCGACGGGUGUGUGCUUUCCAUGGUACACGUCGCAGCUUCGGACGCCGCAGUCGUCGACACUCGUCUCGUCUUUGUCGCCGCACAUCCAUCGGUCCGCUGUGGUGACGGUUUGGACGAUCGUGGACUGCAGCCAGCACCCCGACAUUGUCCGGAAUGCCGUCAUCGCCACAUUCAAGCUGAAAACAUGGCUCAUUCCAAAAGCAGUGCAUCGGGUCGAGACAAACGUGGAGAAAUGCGCUGACGCGAGCGCUAUGGCAUCUCUUGCCAAGCGAAGGCAGCUCGAAGCGCGCGUCCGCGAGUUGGAGGCGGAGAAGGACGCAGCAGACGCUUCGACAGCUCGCCUGGCGCAAAAACUGCAACGUGCCCACACCAAGUGCGACCACCUCGAGAAAGCAUUGGCGGCCACGCAAGCUCAGCUGCAGAAGCAAGAAGCAGCCUUGGCGGCUGUGACCACGGAAGCAUCUCGACAGCGCGUCCAACAGGAAAUCGAGCACGAUGCCGUCGUCAAGGAAAAUGAAUGGUUGCGACGACAGAUGCACGUGGCUGCAACGCGGGCCGACUACGUCGCCAGCGAACUCUGGGCCCAAGCUGCGUUCAAGCGAAAGUGGUUGCAAGCUGAAGCGACGUGCCGAGUCUUGCGCAAACAACUUGCUCUCGCCAAGCAACUCCAAUGACCGUCCAGCAGCACCCUUCCCCGUUGAACCCAGCAUCGGUCGCUUUUCCAACGCGCUAUAGAGAAGCGUCGUUGGCCUCGACCAGGCUCGUUCCAGUUCAAUUGUCCGUAGUUGUGCCAGCGACACCGCAUCAAGUCGCGUGAGACGAUGAGACUCAUCGUGUCGCC